UUAAAUUUAGUAUCUCUCUGGUAGGUGUGGUGUUGGUAUGACAAAUUCGUUGGGUGUGGAAAAUAAAUGUAAUUUUAUUAAUUGUAUUAAUUUCCCUCAACUUUUCAUUUAAAUUUUCGUCGUUUUCCGCAAGUUUCGAUAAUGGAAGGGCGGCUACCUGCUUGUGUCAUUGACGUGGGAACCGGGUACACAAAGUUAGGUUUCGCCGCAAAUAAGGAGCCCCAGUUUAUCAUACCGUCGGCAAUAGCAAUAAAGGAGACCGCCAAAGUUGGCGAUCAAUCUAGUCGUAGAUUAACUAAGGGUGUAGAAGAUCUCGACUUCUACAUCGGCGAUGAAGCGUUCGAUGCAACCGGAUAUGCGGUUAAGUACCCGGUACGGCAUGGGCUAGUCGAAGAUUGGGAUUUAAUGGAACGCUUUUUGGAGCAUUGCAUUUUUAAGUAUUUACGAGCGGAGCCUGAAGAUCAUUACUUCCUCCUAACCGAACCACCCUUAAAUACACCUGAGAAUCGUGAAUACACUGCCGAAAUAAUGUUCGAGUCGUUUAAUGUUCCCGGAUUAUAUAUUGCCGUUCAAGCCGUACUCGCAUUAGCUGCUAGUUGGGCUUCUCGGUCCAUCGAGGAUCGCACAUUAACUGGUAUUGUUGUUGACAGUGGAGACGGCGUAACUCAUGUGAUUCCAGUGGCAGAAGGGUAUGUUAUAGGAAGCUGUAUUAAACACAUUCCAAUUGCGGGUCGCAAUAUUACAUAUUUUAUUCAGUCGUUACUAAGGGAACGCGAAAUUGGCAUUCCACCCGAGCAAUCCUUGGAGACCGCAAAGGCCAUAAAGGAACGUAAUUGCUACAUCUGUCCCGAUAUUGCGAAGGAAUUCGCGAAGUACGACUCCGACCCUAACAAGUGGAUCAAGAAAUACGAUGCGAUAAACUCUGUAACCAAGCAACCUUUCACUGUAGACGUGGGGUACGAGAGGUUUCUGGGACCGGAGAUAUUUUUCCAUCCCGAAUUUUCGAAUCCGGAUUUUACGACACCGUUGUCUGAGAUUGUAGAUGAUGUUAUUCAAAAUUGCCCCAUCGACGUGAGAAGACCCCUAUAUAAUAAUAUUGUGCUCUCGGGGGGCUCGACAAUGUUCAGGGAUUUCGGUAGGAGGUUACAAAGGGAUAUUAAGCGUACUGUAGAUGCUAGACUGAAGCUUAGCGAAAAUUUAGGCGGUGGUCGGAUCAAGCCAAAGCCGAUCGAUGUUCAAGUAAUUUCGCAUCAUAUGCAACGUUUUGCAGUGUGGUUUGGAGGUAGCAUGCUUGCUUCUACUCCCGAAUUCUACCAAGUGUGUCAUACCAAGGCUGCAUAUGAAGAAUAUGGUCCGAGUAUAUGUAGGCAUAAUCCAGUAUUUGGAACAAUGACAUAAAAUUUUAUCAAUUUAUUUAAGUUUUUUUAUAUUUUAAAUUGCAAUCAAAAAAUUGUUUAUAGCGCUUUCGUAAAUGUAUCUUGUGUUGAAUUAACGAAAAAUUGUUCAUAGUAAUAAAUAAUUUUAUUAUUUGUA